AUGGACCGUGAAGGCGAUUACGCCCGCGAGGGCCAAGCCUACUACGGCCGCUCCGUGACUGGUGGUCCCGCCCCCUCAGCAGCGACCACUGCUGCCACCACGCCUCAGUACCGCCCUGGCACCCCCAACACAGACAACGCCGGCCGCAACCCCUUUGGCGAUGGUCUCGAGUCGCAGGCCUCUGUUCGCUCCGCCAUUCCUACCGGUGCCAGCACGAAUCCCUUUGCGAGCCCCAACAACUCUCGGCCCCCGUCGAGCUACGGCUCAUCUAGUGCCCGCGCCACGGGCAUGUUCGAUGAGCGCUCGCAGCGUUACUUCCACUCCCGGAGAAUCCGCAAGGAGGACAUUGAGAAGCCAUGGCUCCAGAAGACGCACCCCAAGGAGAAAUGGGUCACCAUUCUCCCCAUCAUUGGCAUUCUGAUCGGUCUUGGCAUCUCCGGCUUCCUCAUCUGGGACGGCAUCAACAGCGUCAUAAAACACAAGUACUGCAUCGUGCUUGACGACGACUUCGCCAGCGGCCUCAGCUCCAGUACCUGGACCAAGGAGGUCGAGGUUGGCGGCUACGGCAAUGGCCAGUUUGACUGGACCACCGGUGGUGACGAGAACGUCUUCGUCAAGGAUGGCCAUCUUGUCAUCCGACCCGAGCUCACUGACUCGGCCCUCAUUGAGAAGGACACCGAGAUCAACCUGCUCGAGGACGGCACCUGCACGUCGGACAGGCCCUUCAACUGUAUCACUGCCACCAACACAACUACGGGCAACGCCACCAUUGUCCAGCCCAUCAAAUCUGGUCGUAUCCACACCAAGGGCGGCGUUCGCAUCAAGUAUGGCCGUGUCGAGGUCACUGCCCGUCUUCCCAGGGGCGACUGGCUGUGGCCCGCCAUCUGGAUGUUGCCCGAGCGCGACACGUACGGACCCUGGCCCGCGUCCGGCGAGAUUGAUAUCCUCGAAUCCCGCGGCAACGAUUGGAAGUACGAGCAGGGCGGCAAUGACAUUGCCGCAUCAGCGCUGCACUGGGGCCCCGAUCCGGCCAACGACGCCUGGUGGCGCACCAACAACAAGCGUCAGGCCCUCAAGACGACCUACGCCGACGGCUUCAACACCUUUGGCCUCGAGUGGUCCCAGAAGUACCUCUUCACCUACGUCAACAGCCGUCUGCUGCAAGUCAUGUACACCAAUUUUGACAAGCCCAUGUGGAAGCGCGGCAACUUCCCCGAGGCCAAUGCCAACGGUACCCGUCUCAAUGACAUUUGGUCCGAGACGGGACGCUCCAACACGCCCUUUGACCAGUACUUCUACCUCAUCAUCAACCUUGCAGUUGGCGGUAGCAACGGCUGGUUCGAGGACGGCAAGUCCGAGAAGCCCUGGCUCAACGGCUCUCCCAAUGCGAAGAAGGACUUCUGGGAGGCCCGUGACACUUGGCUGCCCACAUGGACCAAGCCCGAGCUUGAGAUCAAGCACGUCAAGAUCUGGCAGCAGUGCAACGGCGACGAGGAGCUCUGA